CCUCCCCAGUCCCCCCCCAACAGAUCACAGUGUGUGAUGCUCCCUUCCCUAUGUCCGUGUGUUCUCAUUGUUCAACACCUGCCUGUGAGUGAGAACAUGUGUUGUUUUUCUGUUCUUAUGUCAGUUUGCUAAGAAUGAUGGUUUCCAGAUUCAUCCAUGUCCCUACAAGGAACAUGACCUCAUCAUUUUUUAUGGCUGCAUAGUAUUCCAGAGUGUAUAUGUGCUACAUUUCCCUUGUCCAGUCUAACAUUGAUGGGCAUUUGAGUUGGUUCCAGGUCUUUGCUAUUGUAAACACUGCAGCAAUGAACAUGUGCACGUAUCUUUAUAGUAGAAUGAUUUAUAAUCCUUUGGAUAUAUACCCAGUAAUGGGAUUGCUGGGUCAAAUGCAAUUUUUAUUUCUAGGUCCUUGAGGAAGCCCCACAUUGUCUUCCACAAUGGUUGAACUAACUUAUAUUCCCAUCAGCAGUGUAAAGUGUUCCUAUUUCUCCUCAUCCUCUCCAGCAUCUGUCGUCUCCAGAUUUUUUAAUAAUCACCAUUCUGACUGGCGUGAGGUGGUAUCUCAAUGUAGUUUUGAUUUGCAAUUCUCUAAUGACCAGUGAUGAUGAGCAUUUUUUCAUAUGUUUCUUGGCCUCAUAAAUGUCUUCUAUUGAAAAAUGUCUGUUCAUGUCCUUUGCCCACUUUUGAAUGGGUUUGUUUUUUUUCUUGUAAAUCUGUUUUAGUUCUUUGUAGAUUCUGGAUAUUAGCCCUUUGUCAGAUAGGUAUAUUGCAAAAAUGUUUUCCCAUUGUGUUGGUUGCCAGUUCACUCUAAUGACUGUUUCUUUUGCUGUACAGAAGCUCUGGAGUUUAAUUAGAUCCCAUUUGUCUAUUUUGGCUUUUGUUGCCAAUGCUUUUGGUGUUUUGGUCAUGAAGUCCUUGCCUAUGCCUAUGUCCUGAAUGGUUUUGCCUAGGUUUUCUUCUAGGGUUUUUAUGGUGUUAGGCCUUAUGUUUAAGUCUUUAAUCCAUCUGGAGUUAAUUUUAGUGUAAAAUAUGCCCUUUCUGUAAAGCAGAAAGGGGUCCAGUUUCUGCUUUCUGCACACUGCUAGCUAGUUUUCCCAAGACCAUUUAUUAAACAGGGAAUCCUUUUCCCACUGCUUGUUUUUGCCAAAGAUCAGAUGGUUGUAGAUGUGGGACAUUGCCUCCAAGGCCUCUGUUCUGUUCCAUUGGUCUAUAUCUUCUGUUUUGGUACCAGUAUCAUGCUGUUCUGAUUACUGUAGCCUUGUAGUAUAGUUUGAAGUCAGGUAGCAUGAUGCCUCCAGCUUUUUUCUUUUUUCUUAGAAUUGUAUUGGCUAUGCAGGCUCUCUUUUGGUUCCAUAUGAAGUUUAAGGUGUUUUUUUCCAGUUCUGUGAAGAGGGUCAUAGGUGACUUGAUGGGGAUAGUGUUGAAUCUAUAAAUUACAUUGGGCAGUAUGGCCAUUUUCAUGAUAUUGAUUCUUCCUAACCAUGAGCACGGAAUAUUUUUCCAUCUGUUUGUAUCCUCUCUUAUUUCACUGAGCAGUGGUUUGUGUUUCUCCUUGAGGAGGUCCUUUACAUCGUUUGUUAGUUAUAUUCCUAGGUAUUUUUAUUCUCUUUGUAGCAAUUGUGAAUGGCAGUUCGUUCUUGAUUUGACUCUCUUUAAGUCUGUUAUUGGUGUAUAGGAAUGCUUGUGAUUUCUGCACAUUGAUUUUGUAUUCUGAGACUUUUCUGAAGUUGCUUUUCAGUUUGAGGAGAUUUGGGCUUAGAUGAUGGAAUCUUCUAAAUAUACAAUCAUGUUGUCUGCAAAUAGAGACAAUUUGAUUUCCUCCUUUCCUAAUUGAAUACCCUUUAUUUCUUUUUCUUGCCUGAUUGCUCUGGCUAGAACUUCCAAUACUAUAUUAAAUAGGAGUGGUGAGAGACGGCAUCCUUGUCUAGUGCCAGAUUUCAAAGGGAAUGCUUCUAGUUUUUGCCCAUUCAGUAUGAUAUUAUAUUGGCUGUGGGUUUGUCAUAAAUAGCUUUUAUUAUUUUGAGAUACGUUCCCUUCAUACCUAGUUUAUUGAGAGUUUUUAGUAUAAAGGGCUGUUAAAUUUUGUUGAAGGCCUUCUCUGCAUCUAUUGAGAUAAUCAUGUGGUUUUGUCUUUGGUUCUGUUCAUGUGGUGGAUUACGUGUAUAGAGUUGUGUAUGUUGAACCAGACUUGAAUCCCCAGGAUGAAGCCUACUUGAUUUUGAUGGAUAAGCUUUUUGAUGUGCUGUUGGAAUCAGUUUGCCAGUAUUAUUGAAGAUUUUUGCACCUAGGUUCAUCAUGGAUAUUGACCUGAAGUUUUCUUUUUAUCAUUGAGUUUCUAUCGGGUUUUGGUAUUGGGAUGAUGUUGGUCUCAUAAAAUGAUUUGGGAAGGAUUCCCUCUUUAUGGAUUGUUUGGAAUAGUUUCAGAAGGAGUGGUACCAGCUCUUCUUUGUAUGUCUGGUAGAAUUCAUCUGGACCUGGGCUUUUUUUGUUUGGUAGGCUAUUAAUUGCCGCCUCAACUUCAGUGCUUGGUACUGGUCUAUUCAGGGUUUCGACUUCUUCCUGGUUCAGGCUUGGGAGGGUGCAAGUGUCCAGGAAUUUAUCUAUGUCUUCCAGGUUUACUGGUUUAUGUGCAUAGAGUUGUUUGUAGUAAUCUAUGAUGGUAGUUUGUAUUUCUGUGAAAUCGGUGGUGAUAUCCUCUUUAUGGUUUUUUGUUGCGUCUAUUUGAUUGGUCUCUCUUUUCAGCUUUAUUAAUCUGGCUAGCAGUUUGUCUAUUUUGUUGAUCUUUUAAAAAAACCAGCUCCUGGAUUUAUUAAUUUUUUGAAGGGUUUUUUUGUGUCUCUAUCUCCUUCAGUUCUGCUCUGAUCUUAGUUAUUUCUUGUCUUUUGCUAGCUUUUGAGUUUGUUUGAUCUUGCUCGUCUAGCUCUUUCAAUUUUGAUGAUAGGGUGUCAAUUUUAGAUCUUUCCCUGCUUCUCAUAUGGACAUUUAUUGCUAUAAAUUUUCCUCUAGACACUGCUUUACAUGUGUCCCAGUGAUUCUGGUAUGUUGUGUCUUUGUUCUUAUUGGUUUCGAAGAACAUCUUUAUUUCUGCCUUCAUUUCAUUGUUUAUCCAGUCAACAUUCAAGACCCAAGUUGUUCAGUUUCCAUGAAGUUGUGCAGUUUUGAAUUAGUUUCUUAAUCCUGAGUUCUAAUUUGAUUGCACUGUGGUCUGAGAGACUGUUUGUUAUGAGUUCCAUUCUUUUGCAUUUGCUGAGGAGUGAUUUAUUUCCAAUUAUAUCGUCAACUUUAGAGGAGGUGUCAUGUGGUGCUGAGAAGAAUGUGUAUUUUGUGGAUUUGGGGUGGAGAGUUCUGUAGAUGUCUAUUAGGUUUGCUUGGUCCAGAUCUGAGUUCAAGUCCUGGAUAUCCUUGUUAAUUUUCUGUCUCAUUGAUCUACCUAAUAUUGAAAGUGGAAUGUUAAAGUCUCCCAGAAUUAUUGUGUGGGAGUCUAAGUCUCUUUGUAGGUCCUUAAGAACUUGCCUUAUUUAUCUGGGUGUUCCUGUAUUGGAUGCGUAUAUAUUUAGGAUUGUUAGCUCUUCUUGUUGUAUUGAUCAUUUUACCACUAUGUAAUGCCCUUCUUUGUCUCUUUGAUCUUUGUUGGUUUAAAGUCUAUUUUAUCAGAGACUAGGAUUGCAACGCCUGCUUUUUUUUUGCUCUCCAUUUGCUUAGUAAAUCUUUCUCUAUCCCUAUAUUUUGAGCCUAUGUGUGUCCUUGCAUUUGAGAUGGAUUUCCUGGAUACAGCACACUGAUGGUUUUUUACUUUUUAUCCAAUUUGCCUGUCUGUGUCUUUUGAUUGGGGCAUUUAGAACAUUUACAUUUAAGGUUAAUAUUGUUAUGUGUGAAUUUGAUCCUGCCAUUUUGAUAAUAGCUGGUUGUUUGGCCCAUUAGUUGAUGCAGUUUCUUCAGUGUCGAUGCUUUUUACCAUUUGGUAUGUUUUUGGAGUUGCUGGUACUGGUUGUUCCUUUCCAUGUUUAGUGCUUCUUUCAGGAGCUCUUGUAAGGCAGGCCUGGUGGUAAUGAAAUAUCUGAACAAUUGCUUGUUCAUAAAGGAUUUUAUUUCUCCUUUGCUUGUGAAGCUUAGUUGGGCUGGAUAUGAAAUUGUAGGUUGAAAGUUCUUUUCUUUAAGAAUGUUGAAUAUUGGCCCCCACUCUCUGCUGGCUUGUAGGGUUUGUUCUGAGAGUCUGAUGGGCUUCCCUUUGUGGGUAAUCUGACCUUUCUCUCUGGCUGCCCUUAGCAUUUUCUCCUUAAUUUCAACCCUGGUGAAUCUGAUGAUUAUGUGCCUUGGGGUUGCUCUUCUUGAGGGAUAUCUUUGUAGUGUUUUCUGUAUUUCCUGGACUUGAAUAUCGGCCUGCCUUGCUAGGUUGGGGAAGUUAUCCUGGAUAAUAUCCUGAGGAGUGUUUUCCAGCUUGGAUUCAUUCUCUCCAUCACUUUCAGGCACACCUAUCAAACAGAUUAGGUCUUUUCACAUAAUCCUAUGUUUCUUGGAGACUUUGUUCAUUUCUUUUCACUUUUUCUCUAAUCUUGCCUUCUCCUUUUAUUUCAUUGAGUUGAUCUUCGACCUCUGAUAUCCUUUCUUCUGCUUGGUCGAUUCAGCUAUUGAAACUUGUGUAUGGUUUGCAAAGUUCUCAUGUUGUGUUUUUCUGCUCUAUUAAGUCAUUUAUAUUCUUUUCUAAGCUGUUUAUUCUCGUUAGCAUUUUGUCAAACCUGUUUUCAAGGUUCUUAGUUUCUAUGCAUUGGAUUAGAACAUAUUCUUUUAGCUCAGAGAAGUUUGUUAUUACCCACCUUCUGAAGCCUGUUUCUGUCAAUUCAUCAGACUCAUUCUCCAUCCAGCUUUGUUCCCUUGGAGGAGGAGAGACGUUCUGGUUUUGGGUGUUUUCAUCCUUUUUGUGCUAGUUUCUUAUCAUUUUUGUGGACUUAUCUACCUGUGGUCUUUGUAUUUGUUGACUUUCAGUUGGGGUCUCUGAGUGGACAUCCUUUUUGUUGAUGAUGAAGUUACUUCUUUCUGUUUCUUAGUUUUCCUUCUAACAGUCAGGCUACUCUGUUGUAGGACUGCUUGAGGUUCCCUCCAGACCCUGUUUGCCUGAGGAUCUCCUUCGGUGGCUACAGAACAGUAAGGGUUGCUGCCAGUUUCCUCUUCUGUUAUCUUUGCCCCAGAAGGAUACCUGCCAGAUGUCAGCCUCAGCUCUCCUUUAUGAGGUGACUCUUUGGAUAUUCGGGGGUCAGGGAGCCGCUUGAGGAGACAGUCUGUCUUUUAUAGGAGCUCAAGUGCUGAGCUGUGAGUGCUGUUGUUCUGUUCAGAGCUGCUGGGCAGGUAAGUUUAUGUCUGCUGCAGUGGAACUCAUAAUCACCUUUUUUCCCAGAUUCUCUGUCCUGGGAAGGUGGGACUUUGUUUAUAAGUUCCUGACAUGCUGCUAAUUUUUUUCAGAGCUGCCCUGCCCAGCAAGGAGGUAGCCUAGUGACAGUCUGCCAGCAGAGGCAUUGCUGAGCUGCCAUGGGCUCUGCCCAGCUGCUAUAUGAACCUCCUUGCAGUUUUGUUUAUAUAGUUAGAACUGCCUUGGUAAUGGCUGUCUGCCUCAGUAAUGACAGAUGCCCUUCCCCUAUCAGAGCUGGACUGUCCUGGUCCAGCUGUGCUUUCUGCAAAACUCUCAAUCCAGAGUGUUUCAGAUUGCUGGUCUUUGUGGGGGUGUGACCUGCUGAGCCAGAUCACCUGGCUCCCUGUUUCAGCCCCUUUUGUUUUCAGUUGAAUGGGUGGCUCUGUCUCCCAGGCAUUCCAGGUGCCAGUUGAAACAGCCAUACAGAUUUCUGUGAGUUUUUGUGUAGAGACGCACUGUGCUGGCUGAAACAGCCAUGCUGGGAACUUGUGGCACUUUUCAUCCCGGGAAUCUCCUGGUCUGUGGGCAGUAAUAAUUCGUUUGGAAAUGUGGUGUUCACUGACCCUCUGCAUUGUUCUUGCUGGUAACUGCACUCCAGAGCUGUUCCUAUUCGACCAUCUUGGAUCCGCCCCAAGGCUAUCAACUCUUAAUCAGGGAUAUUGCAAAUAUUUUUCCAUAGUUUUCAAUUCACCUUUAAGUUUGUUCACAAUAUUUUUGAUUGAGAUUUUUAGUUUUCAGUAGUCAAAGGUAACAGUUUCUUUUUGUUUGUUGUUUCUGCCUCUGUGUUAUGCUUAGGAUGUCUAUCUUUAUUCAAAGAUUACACCUCAUCUGCAUUUUAAUUCAUGCCUUCAUCCAUGUACUUUAAUCCCACAGAUAUUCCUUGAGUGUCUCUUAUACAUCAGGGCUAAGAGAAUUGUCAGACAUAAAGUAAUAAACCUUGCACAUUUGGAGCUUCAGUCUAGCAGAACAUUGACCUUAAUAAGUACAUGAUGCUAAGUGAAAUAUGCCAGGCACAGAAACAUAAAUACUGUAUAAUCUCAUUUAUAAGUGGAAUCUAAAGAAAGUCAAGUCAUAGAAACAAGGGUAGAAGGGUCAGGCAUGGGAGAAAGCAGGAGAUGUUGGCCAAAGGGUACACACUUCUAGUUAUAAGAUAAAUGAAUUCUGGAGACUUAAUGAACAGUAUGGUGUCUAUAGUGAAUAAUAAUAUAUUGUAUAUUUGAAAUUUGCUAAGACAGUAGAUCUUAAGUAUUCUUGCCACAGAAAAGAAGGUAACUAGGUGAGGUGAUGGACAUGUUAAUUGGCUGGAUUUUGGUAAUCAUUUCAUAGUGCUUACAUAUAUCAAAACAUCAUGUUGUACUCUUUAAAUAUAUAGAAUUUUCUUUGUCAAUUAUACCUCAGUGAAGCUGCGAAAAGAAAAAAAUAGGCCUUAAUUUAUUUUAAAUUUGCACAAAUAAAAUUAAAACUGUGCUAAGUAUUAUGAAGGAGAGGUAAAUAGUAAAAUCAAAAUGUCUACUGAGGGUAACUGAACUGCUUGGAGAGGUCUGGGAGGGGUUUCCAGUAGAAGUCAUCUUGAUGGAAGACUGUAGUUAAAUUACAUAAGGAGGUGGUGGAGAAAGGCAUUGCAGGCCUGGCAGACACCAUUGUGGCUGAAGCACAAAGAUCAAGCACGAUAAAGCAAGAUAUGCCAAGAUAUGGCUGGAAAGGAAUUUUGAAGCUAGACCAUGUGGGGACUUGUAAGUCUUGUUAUGGAUUUUGAUAUUUUGUUGUAAGAGCAAUGGAAAACCACUAAUGUCAUUUAAGGAGGAUGUUCAAAGUAGAUGAUACAAUGCUGUCUUUUCUUUUUAAAAAUACUUAACUCUUUAAUACUUUUGGAAUUCGUUUUUAUGGGGCUUACAAAUAUUUUUUUUUCCAAGCAGUUAAUCAUAGUCACUGUACCUUGUGUUGAAUAAUUUUUUCUUUUCUCAUUUUUCUGAAGUGUACUUUUAUCAUAAAGUAAAAUUUUAUAUAUCACUUGUAUCUUUUAUGUAGUAAGAUGUUUUGAUAGGACCCAUGUGCUAUGAUCUAAAUGUUUGUGUCUGUCUCCACCCUUGCCAAAUUCAUAUGUUGAAACUUAACCUCCAGUGUGAUGGUAUUAGGAGGUGGUCUUUGGCAGGUGAUUAGGUCAUGACAGUGGAGCCCUCAUGAAUAGGAUUAGCAACGUUACAAAACAGGCCCUGUACAACUGCCUUGUCCCUUCCACCACAUAAGGACACUGCGAGAAGGAGCCCUGUGAAUCAGAAAGAUGCCCUCACCAGACACCAAAUCUGCCUGCUUGAUCUUGGACUUGAUCUUGCACCUCCCAGCCUCCACAGUGGUGAUAAAUACAUUUCUGUUGUUUAUAAUCUACCCAGUUUAUGGUAUUUGUGAUAGCAGUCCAAACAGAAAAAAAAAAAUCCUUGAUUUUUCUUCCUUAUUUAGUCUUACUUUGGGGGAAGUAUGUUCAUUUUUGUUGUAGGCCACAUUUAUCCUUAUCCUUGGUGUCUCUAUUUUGGGUGAUCUUGAAGGGUUGACAGUCUUCCUUUGGCCUUUUAAAUUGAAGGGCCAAGUGCUGUGCACAGUCUGGACCUAACUGUGCUUUAUCUUGGCCUUUAUUGGCUGUGGAUCUGUUGUCCAUUGCAGGGAUUUUUUGGUCUCUUGUUCAGGUCCUUUUAUGAGGGUGGGAAUUGAUUCUUUAAUGUUGUGGAAACACAAGUAUUUUCCAAGCCAACAAUUCUGCACACUGCACAGCAUACUGCUAUUCAUUCUUGUAGGCUAAACUUCUCUGAUGAUUGACUUAAUAUUUGUGAUUGCAUGCUGGAAAGUGAAGACCCAUUGCAUUCUGGAAAGUGAAGCUGAUGGAAAUUAAAGUGGAAUUGGUACAAGAACAGACUUACUAAGAUAUAGGGGAAGUUCUCAGUGACUUUAGAAUGCAGGUUGAGGGAGUAGUUUCCUCCCCGUUGUGUGCAAAGCCCAGUUUCUGGGAGGUGGGGCACAUAUUUUGGCUAGGUGGAGAAAAUUAUGCUAUUUGAUCAUCUUCUUUAUUCCUUGAUUAAGAUCUCAGGGCUUCAAAUGAGUUUUAGUUAAUAGAUGUUUCUUCAGUUUCUUUGUAGGUUAUUGAGCCAUUUAUCAAGAUUCCAGGACUGUGAAAACAUCAAUAAGUUGAUGAGCCAGUGAACAUAAACCACGAGUUGUUUGUUUUUUGCCAUUGUAAUUCAGAAAUCUUUUUAAGAAAAUCCCUCCAGCCCCAUCUUAGAUAUCAGGGAGAUACCGUCCCUGGAAAACAGUCUCUUGGCUUCUGUGCCACUUGGGGCUGGAUUAUUUUGUUUGAGUGAGAUGUCAAGUUUACUGACUUGAAGAGUUUUUUAUUAGGUUAGGUUAGGUAGGUUAGGUAGAAGUGACGCUAGCAUAUAAAUAUGCUUUGAGGUUUGUGUGGAUUGGCUAUUACUGAUGGCUCAAGUUAACAGUGUUUUAGGUUAGAAACUUACCUAGUAUGUGGAACAUCAGUUUGAUUGAAUAUAAAAUUUUAUAAGAAGGCUCCUUUGGUCUGGUGAGCCACUGGUCUGAAGACUUCUCCAAACUGUUCUGCAAAUCAGAACAGUUUAAAUCCAGAUGUUUCCUAGACCAACAAAUUGCUGCAAUUUUCUAUCAUGUUUUCUUGGUCACUGCUUCAUCCUGCUGAGGAGCCUGAUGGCAGUGGGGUAGUGCUUGGAAGUAUAAUUUUGUUGAAGGGUGUAAUGCAAACACUUAUUACCAUUUGUAAUGCUCUUCUUACUUGCUGAUUAUCUGUCUCCUCAGUAGUCUCUAAGCAGUGCCAUGUGUGUCUGUUUUAUUCUCUACUGUGUGUCCAGGGCCUGGCACACUAUCUGGUGCUCCAUUCAUUCAUGUAUAUUUGAUGAAUGAAUGAAUGAAUGAAUGAACUUGAAAGAGUCUCAGUUCCAAGUACCCACAGGUUACAGGAAAGUUAUAGACACGUUUUUGCCUUUAUUGGUUAACCUGCAACUUUAGUUAAUUUGGUUCCAAAACCUCUUCCAGGUGUAGAAAAUCACUCCAUGUAAUGCAUACUGUUGGGUGGAAUUUGAACAAAAUGGUAUUUCUGAAGAAGAGCAAUUGCAUGUGAAAUACAUUGUCUUGUGACUAGCAAAAAUAAUUUAUUAGCCUCUAGCUUAUUUAAAUUUGAUUCCUAGAAAGCAGUUAUAGUAAAACACAAAAGCCUGUGAGAAAGGAUGGGAUAUUUUUCCCUUAGGCCCUACUCACCCACCUUUUCUGGGACUUGGGACACAAUCGUCUCCCCUUGGAGCCUUAUCCAGACUAGGAAAUGGAAACUGUUUUUAUUCAGUGGGAUGGAGAUUUGGAGACUUUCUGGGUUCUAGGGUUAUGCCGAGAGGGAUUUCAUUUUGCUAGAGACUUCCUUAAUGCUGGAGACAUUUUGAGGCCAGAUCUGGAAGUUCUUUUCUCCUGAUUCUCUGAAGAGGAAGGAUUCACCCUGUCACUGCCAUUCUGGCCUCUACCCUUUAUACAGAAGAACAGUCUAAUGGAACCAAAUGAUGGAGAUGCUUGGCCAGCCACAGAGAAGGAUGAGAGGAAGCCUCAGGCUCAGGAAGAGGAGCUUUGUAGGCAGCCAACCUCAAAGAGGCAGACAGGAUGGCUAGUUCAGCCCGGGAGCACCUGCUUUUUGUACGGCGUCGAAAUCCCCAGAUGCGGUACACACUGAGCCCAGAGAACCUCCAGAGCCUCGCCGCCCAGAGCUCGAUGCCAGAGAACAUGACCCUGCAGCGGGCCAACAGCGACACCGACCUGGUGACUUCCGAGAGCCGCUCCAGCUUAACUGCCAGCAUGUACGAGUACACGCUGGGGCAAGCCCAGAACCUCAUUAUCUUUUGGGACAUAAAAGAGGAGGUGGACCCCAGUGAUUGGAUUGGACUUUAUCAUAUAGAUGAGAAUUCUCCAGCCAACUUCUGGGAUUCUAAAAACAGGGGUGUGACUGGAACACAAAAAGGGCAAAUUGUAUGGAGAAUUGAGCCUGGGCCCUAUUUCAUGGAACCAGAGAUAAAGAUCUGUUUUAAAUAUUACCACGGCAUUAGUGGGGCCCUGCGAGCCACAACCCCCUGCAUCACCGUGAAGAACCCAGCUGUGAUGAUGGGGGCAGAAGGCAUGGAGGGAGGUGCUUCAGGAAACCUGCAUUCUCGGAAACUCGUUAGCUUUACACUGUCAGAUCUUAGGGCAGUUGGGCUAAAGAAAGGGAUGUUCUUCAAUCCUGACCCCUAUCUUAAGAUGUCAAUUCAGCCAGGGAAGAAGAGCAGUUUCCCCACCUGUGCCCACCAUGGGCAGGAGAGACGGUCUACUAUCAUCAGUAACACCACUAAUCCAAUUUGGCACCGAGAGAAAUAUUCCUUUUUUGCACUUCUUACUGAUGUCUUAGAAAUUGAAAUUAAAGACAAAUUUGCCAAGAGCCGUCCCAUCAUCAAGCGUUUUCUGGGGAAACUAACCAUUCCAGUCCAGAGGCUGCUGGAGCGACAAGCCAUCGGUGAUCAAAUGCUCAGCUACAACCUUGGCAGAAGGCUCCCAGCUGACCAUGUGAGUGGGUACCUCCAAUUUAAAGUGGAGGUUACAUCUUCUGUUCAUGAAGAUGCCUCUCCAGAAGCUGUUGGCACAAUGCUUGGAGUCAAUUCUGUGAAUGGAGACUUAGGUAGCCCUUCUGAUGAUGAGGACAUGCCAGGGAGCCAUCAUGACAGCCAGGUGUGCACUAAUGGGCCAGUUUCUGAGGACAGUGCUGCCGAUGGGACCCCCAAGCAUUCAUUCAGGACUAGCUCUACUCUGGAAAUAGACACAGAGGAAUUAACCUCUACUUCUUCAAGGACCUCACCUCCCAGAGGACGUCAGGAUUCACUCAAUGAUUACUUAGAUGCUGUCGAACACAAUGGCCACUCCAGGCCGGGGACAGCCACCUGCUCUGAGAGGUCCAUGGGUGCCUCUCCGAAACUGAGGAGUAGUUUCCCCACCGACACAAGACUCAAUGCCAUGCUUCAUAUUGACUCAGAUGAAGAAGAUCAUGAGUUACAGCAAGACCUGGGUUACCCAUCUUCCCUGGAGGAGGAGGGAGGCCUGAUCAUGUUUAGCAGGGCAUCCAGAGCCGAUGAUGGAAGCCUGCACUCUCAGACAAAGCCAGAGGACAACCCCGUUGAGAAUGGGGAAGGCUCCUCACAUGAAGCCACUUCCUUUGAGGAUAAGCCAGAAAAUCUUCCAGAGCUUGCAGAGAGCUCCUUACCUGCAGGCCCAGUCCCAGAGGAAGGUGAAGGUGGCCCAGAGUCUCAACCCAGUGCUGACCAGGGCAGUGCUGAAUUGUGUGGCUCUCAAGAGGCAGAUCAGCCCACAAGUAGGGCAGACACGGGGACUUCUGAUGCAUCGGGAGGAAGCCGAAGAGCUGUCAGUGAGACCGAGUCUCUUGAUCAGGGCUCUGAGCCUUCCCAGGUGUCCUCUGAAACAGAACCCAGUGAUCCUGCCAGGACAGAGAGUGUGAGUGAAGCCAGCACCAGGCCCGAGGGAGAGAGUGACCUGGAAUGUGCGGACAGCUCCUGCAAUGAGAGUGUGACCACGCAGCUGUCCUCUGUUGAGACGCGGUGCUCCUCUCUUGAGAGCGCACGGUUUCCUGAAACCCCAGCCUUUUCUUCUCAGGAGGAGGAAGAUGCAGCCUGUGCAGCAGAGCCCACCAGCAGCGGCCCUGCCGAAGGGUCGCAGGAUUCCGUGUGCACUGCUGGUUCUUUACCUGUGGUACAGGUGCCCAGUGGGGAGGAGGAAGGGCCAGGGACAGAAUCGGCCACGGUACCUGACCAGGAGCUGGGGGAGGUCUGGCAGCGGAGGGGGAGCCUGGAGGGAGCCACAGCUGCUGCUGAGAGCCCACUCCAAGAAGAGGGCAGUGCUGGGGAGGCUCAAGGUACCUGUGAAGGGGCGACUGCCCAGGAGGAUGGCGCUACUGGAGGUUCUCACCAACCACUGCGAUCACUACCUUCAGUGCGCCAGGAUGUUAGCCGCUACCAGAGGGUGGAUGAGGCUCUCCCACCAAACUGGGAGGCACGCAUUGACAGCCACGGCAGGAUCUUCUACGUGGAUCACGUAAACAGAACCACGACGUGGCAGCGACCGACAGCUCCCCCAGCCCCACAGGUGCUGCAGAGAUCUAACUCCAUACAGCAAAUGGAGCAGUUGAACCGGCGAUAUCAGAGUAUCCGCAGAACCAUGACCAAUGAGAGGCCUGAGGAAAAUACCAAUGCUAUUGAUGGGGCAGGGGAGGAAGCUGACUUUCACCAAGCCAGUGCAGAUUUCCGACGGGAGAACAUCCUGCCUCACUCUACCUCCAGAUCCAGGCUCACGUUGCUGUUACAGUCUCCCCCCGUGAAGUUCCUCAUCAGCCCAGAGUUCUUCACCGUGCUGCAUUCUAACCCUAGUGCCUACCGCAUGUUUACAAACAACACGUGUUUGAAGCACAUGAUCACCAAAGUCCGGCGGGACACCCACCACUUUGAACGCUACCAGCAUAACCGGGACCUUGUGGGAUUCCUCAACAUGUUCGCGAACAAACAGCUAGAGCUGCCGCGGGGAUGGGAAAUGAAACACGAUCACCAGGGCAAGGCUUUCUUUGUGGACCACAACUCCCGCACCACCACUUUCAUUGAUCCCCGGCUCCCCCUGCAGAGCAGUAGACCCACGAGUGCACUGGUUCAUCGGCAACACCUGACGAGGCAACGCAGCCACAGUGCGGGUGAGGUAGGAGAAGAUUCUCGACAUGCAGGACCACCAGUUCUUCCCAGGCCAUCCAGUACAUUCAAUACAGUCAGUAGGCCACAGUACCAGGACAUGGUUCCAGUGGCUUACAAUGACAAGAUUGUUGCAUUUCUACGUCAACCCAAUAUCUUUGAAAUUCUACAGGAGCGUCAACCUGAUCUUACCAGGAAUCACUCACUCAGGGAGAAGAUCCAAUUUAUCCGAACUGAAGGGACUCCAGGAUUGGUGCGCCUUUCAAGCGAUGCAGACCUGGUUAUGUUGCUGAGCUUAUUUGAAGAAGAGAUAAUGUCAUAUGUGCCUCCACAUGCCUUACUCCACCCCAGCUACUGUCAGUCCCCACGUGGCUCUCCCGUGUCAUCUCCUCAGAACUCGCCAGGUACCCAGCGUGCCAAUGCCCGGGCCCCAGCCCCUUACAAACGGGAUUUUGAAGCCAAACUGAGGAAUUUUUACAGGAAGUUAGAGACUAAAGGAUAUGGACAAGGCCCAGGGAAGUUAAAGUUAAUUAUCCGAAGAGAUCACUUACUAGAAGAUGCUUUUAAUCAGAUUAUGGGUUAUUCCAGAAAAGACCUGCAGAGAAAUAAGCUAUAUGUCACCUUUGUCGGGGAGGAAGGGCUGGAUUACAGCGGGCCUUCCAGAGAGUUUUUCUUCCUGGUAUCCAGAGAACUCUUUAACCCAUAUUAUGGCUUAUUUGAAUAUUCAGCAAAUGACACAUACACAGUACAAAUAAGUCCUAUGUCUGCUUUUGUAGACAAUCAUCAUGAAUGGUUCCGGUUCAGUGGUAGGAUCCUUGGUCUUGCACUAAUACACCAGUAUUUGUUGGAUGCCUUCUUCACACGGCCCUUUUAUAAGGCUCUUCUCAGAAUUUUGUGUGACCUGAGUGAUCUAGAAUACCUUGAUGAAGAGUUCCAUCAGAGCCUGCAGUGGAUGAAAGACAAUGAUAUCCAUGACAUCCUGGACCUCACGUUCACUGUGAACGAAGAAGUAUUUGGGCAGAUAACUGAACGAGAAUUAAAGCCAGGGGGUGCCAAUAUCCCAGUUACAGAGAAGAACAAGAAGGAGUACAUCGAGAGGAUGGUGAAGUGGAGGAUUGAGAGGGGUGUUGUACAACAAACAGAGAGCUUAGUGCGUGGCUUCUAUGAGGUGGUGGAUGCCAGGCUGGUAUCUGUUUUUGAUGCAAGAGAACUGGAAUUGGUCAUCGCAGGCACAGCUGAAAUAGACCUAAGUGAUUGGAGAAACAACACAGAAUAUAGAGGAGGAUACCAUGACAAUCAUAUUGUAAUUCGGUGGUUCUGGGCUGCAGUGGAAAGAUUCAAUAAUGAACAACGACUAAGGUUGUUACAGUUUGUUACAGGCACAUCCAGUAUUCCCUACGAAGGAUUUGCUUCUCUCCGAGGGAGUAAUGGCCCAAGAAGAUUCUGUGUGGAGAAAUGGGGGAAAAUCACUGCUCUUCCCAGAGCACAUACAUGUUUUAACCGUCUGGAUCUGCCCCCCUACCCAUCCUUUUCCAUGCUUUAUGAAAAACUGUUGACAGCAGUUGAAGAGACCAGUACUUUUGGACUUGAGUGACCUGGAAGCAGAAUUCCCAUCUCUGUGGAUAGGCAGUUUCAGAAGCUGCCUUCUAGAAGAAUGACUGAACAUUGGAAGUUUCAAGAGGAUGCUUUCUUUCGGAUAAAGCUGCGUGCUGUUUUUUUUCCAGGAACAAGUGCUCUGUCACAUUUGGGGACUGGAGAUGAGUCCUCUUGGAAGGAUUUGGGUGAGCUUGAUGCCCAGGGAACAACCCAACCGUCUUUCAAUCAACAGUUCUUGCCUGCCAAACUUUUUCCAUUUGUUAUGUUCCAAGACAAAGGUGAACCCGUACAUGAUCAGCUCCAUGGUAAUUUUUAGGGACUCAGGAGAAUCUAGAAACUUUGAAACGUGGUUCAAGCCAAACUGGCAGCACUUGGCCCAAUCUCCAAAUUAGUGCAAGUUAAAUAAUAUAAUAAAAGUAAAAUAUUUCCUGAAAGUACAUUCAUUUAAGCCCUAAGUUAUAACAGAAUAUUCAUUUUUUGCAUAUGAGUGCCUGCAUGGUGUGCACCAUAGGUUUCCGCUUUCAUGGGACAUGAGUGAAAACGAAACCAAGUCAAUAUGAGGUAACUUUACAGAUUUGCAAUAAGAUGGUCUCUGACAAUGUAUAUGCAAGUGGUAUGUGUGUAAUUAUGGCUAAAGACAAACCAUUAUUCAAUGAAUUACUAAUGACAGAUUUUAUGCUUUAUAAUGCAUGAAAACAAUUUUAAAAUAACUAGCAGUUAAUCACAGCAUAUCAGGAAAAAGUACACAGUGAGUUCUGUUUAUUUUUUGUAGGUUCAUUCUGUUUCUGUUCUUUAGGAUGUAUAUAAGAACCUACCUAUCAUACUGUAUGCAUCACUCGUUCCAUUUUCAUGUUCCAUGCAUACUCGGGCAUCAUGCUACUAUGUAUCCUUUUAAGCACUCUCAAGGAAACAAAAGGGCCUUUUAUUUUUAUAAAGGUAAAAAAAAAAUCCCCCAAAUAUUUUGCACUGAAUGUACCAAAGUUGAAGGGACAUUAUAAUAUGACUAACAGCAACUCCAUCACUUGAGAAGUGUAAUAGAAAAUAGCUUCUAAAUCAAACUUCCUUCACAGUGCCGUGUCUACCACUACAAGGACUGUGCAUCUAAGUAAUACUUUUUUAAGAUUCACUUUAUGUGAUAGUAUGAUAUGCAUUUAUUUAAAAUGCAUUAGACUCUCUUCCAUCCAUCAAAUACUUUACAGGAUGGCAUUUAAUACAGAUAUUUCGUAUUUCCCCCACUGCUUUUUAUUUGUACAGCAUCAUUCAACACUAAGCUCAGUUAAGGAGCCAUCAGCAACACUGAAGAGAUCAGUAAUAAGAAUUCCAUUUUCCCUCAUCAGUGAAGACAUCACAAAUUGAAACUCAGAACUAUAUUUCUAAGCCUGCAUUUUCACUGAUGUAUAAUUUUCUUAUUAAUAUUAAGAAACAAUUUUUCUAUGGUAUCUCCAAAACUGCAUGACAUCACUAGUCUUACUUCUGCUAAUUUUAUGAGAAGGUGUCCUUCAUUUUAAUUGCUUUUGGGGUUACUCCACAUCUGUUUAUUUCUUGACUAAUCAGAUUUUCAAUAGAGUGAAGUAAAAUUGGGGGUAAUAAAAGCAUUGGAUUAAAACAUGGUUUGCCAGCCUAUGGGUUUACAGACAUUGCCCAAACAUUUCUUUGAGAUCUAUAUUUAUAAGCAGCCAUGGAAUUCCUAUUUAUGGGAUGUUGGCAAUCUUACACUUUACAGAGGUCAUAUGCAUAGUUUUCAUAGGUGUUUUGUAAGAACUGGUUGCUCUCCUGUGAGUUAAGCUAUGUUUAUUAUUGGGACCCUCAAGAGGAAUACCGCUUAUGUUAUACUACCCGCACUAAAGGCUUGUACUGCAGUGCGGGGAGAUGUUCUGAAAAAAGGUUAUAGAAAUCUGGAAAUAAGAAAGGAUGAGCUAUCUGUAUACUAUAAUUGGAAGAGAAAAAAAAAUUUUGACUGGAAAUGUUAGUUUGUACUUAUUGAUCAUGAAUACAAGUAUAUAUUUAAUUUUGCAAACUCUUUUUACUUGUUUGUAUUCUUUUCAUUAUAAGGAAAAGCAAUAUAACACACUUUAUUUAAAGUCACAAAUUUGAUGGUAUAUAAGAUGUUUCAGGGCUGGCAUUCUCCAAGCAACAGGUAAAGGUGGAAUCUUUUCAACCUUCAAUACAUUCAAAGAUCAUGUUAGCAUUCAUUUUGGUUUGAGACAUUUAGUUAUGCUAUUUCAUAUUAUUAGGUAAAAGAAAUUUGAAAUAAAAUGUCUCUCCUUAAUUAUUUCUAACAAAUACAUUUCUUUAAGGCAUCCAACUUUUUCCCAAAUAACAGUUCACUCUAAUGUGUGAAGACAUUCUUAAUUAGUAUAAUCACCUAGUUGAUACUAUUACAGAUUGGGAAUUAUCAAAGAUGUACUUAGCAUAUCAGAACACCAUGCUAACUUAUCGAUUAUUCUUAGUAAAACAAAACAGCCAAUAAUAACUAUAUAGAAUAUUAAAUAACAUUUCCACAGAAUAAAUUAGACUUUCCUAUACUCUACAAUUAGAAAUAUCCAUAAAUAUUUUCUUCUGGACUGUGAACCCAGAUAACUAGGCUUUAUGGUCUUAAGUGAUGCCUUUUAUACUAUAGAAGACACUCUUGAUACAUCAUAUAGAUGAGAGAACAAGCACACCAUUGGCAUUCACUCUGUGCCAGUUUGAUGUUUGUUUGACGAUGGAGCUGCAAGAGUGUAAAUCUGCCCAUGUAAAGCUCAGCAUACAGUUUAGUAGAGUAGACCCCAAGGUUGAAUAAAGUAUUUAAAAUAAAAUUUGGUAAGUUCUAUAAUCAAGGAAUGAAGAGAGAGAAGAAAAGAACAGCAAUCUGUGAGAUUCAGUAAUGGCUUCAUAUAUAGAUGUUAGUCUGACUAAAAUAAUGACAUCAAUGCUGUUUCUACUGGGAACUAAUGGCAAGUAAUGGUGUCAAUACUGGUCAAGUGUCGAAGCCAGGAUGCCAAGUACACAACAAGAGUAUAAAGUGUAUAGGGAGCUGAACUGUGAAGGAGCAACUCAAGGAUUUUCAAAUGAUCAAAGAAAUGCCAAAAUUAAGUCGGGUCAUUUCCCUGUUUUCCAUCAUCAAUUUUACAAUGCACCAUUGGUUUUCAAUGUGAAAAAUCCUAAUCCCUGAGCCCAAACCACUUCUGGGGUCAAAACAUUUUUCUUGUGCACAAAAUGAAUGGAUCUUGGUAAAAGAAGUAUGGUCACAAUUUUCUAGCAUUUAAAAAGGAAAAUCUGUUUUACCUGCACAGCAAUCAAAAAUGGCAAAAAUGCAUUCAAGUGUCUGACAGUAAUGGUAGAAUAUGGUUGCAUCGUGCUGUAUAGUUUCAAAGUGCUUUCAGGUACAUCAUCCAUGUUGCUCCUCACACACUUUGUAGGGUACAAGUAUCAUGUUAACUGGGUUGAGGCUGAUUUUCAUGGAUGGCCUGUGGCAUCAGUUUCAUUACUUCGUAGUCACAAUUCUGUGUUUCAUCUUGAGAAAUGCAGAGGCUAAUAUUUGUACCUAUAUAUUCCACUUUCAGUGAGGUUUCCAAGAUGCUUCCUCCAAACUCUCACUUUCUUAAACAGACACAUUUAAAAUGCGACACCUUCUGAAAAGUCCAUGAAGAAAUUAGUACAUUCAUGGGAAAAAUUUUCCCAUAGACCUAUUUGCACUUCAUAACUUGUCAUGAGAAAUUUAAAAAACAGAAAGCAAAAUUUGAUUGCUUUUGAUGGAUUUUUACAGAAUAGUCAUUUAAUUUUCUCAAAGGUUAUUUGGAAACAAGAUAAUGGAAAACACUAACCAGAAGCUUUAUUUUAUUUUUUAAUUUUUAAUAGGGAUGGAUUAGUAAGCCCUAAUAGCUGAGUUCCAGUGAUAUCCAAGAAGGAACCACUGCAGCUUCUCAUUUUCUCCCAUCCUCCUCCCAUUCAUCUAAUGACUUUUUCCAUCUUUCUACACAAAUUUUAUUUAUGAUUUGACCACCUCUAACAAGACAAAUAUCUUAUAAUGAAUAUGGGAGUCUGUUCAAUUUUACCUUAUUCAGGAAACUCCAUAAUUAUGUGACAUGAUGCAAUGUCAUUAUUAAGAGAUAUCUGUAACCCUGCAUAAUAAAAGCAUGCAUAGGAAGAAUGUGGUCUAAUCUCCAAACUGAGUCAGAGUUUGAGGACCUUUUGCAUUUUUUUUUUGGAUAGUCUGGCUCUGUCACCCCAACCUCCACCUCCCAGGCUCAAGUGAUCCUCCCACCUCAGCCUCCUGAUUAACUGGGACUACAGGUGUACAGUACCACACCCAGCUAAUUUUUGUAUUUUUUAGAGAGACAAGGUCUUAGAAUGUUGCCCAGGCUGGUUUCAAAUUCCUGAACUCAAGUGUCCACCUGCCUUGGCCUCCCAAAGUGCUAGGAAUAAUUGUAGGUGUGAGCCACAGUGCCUGGGAGGCAUUUUUUUGUUUGCUUUUGUUUUUUGUUUGUUCGUUUGUGAUAGGUUUGGCUGUCACCCAUGCUGGAGUGCAGCGGUGUGAUCUUGGCUCACUUCAACCUUUACCUCCCAGGCUCCAGCCAGUCUCCCACCUCGGUCUCCGAGUAGCUGGGACUACAGGCAUGCACCACCAUGCCCCCCAGUCAAUUUUUUUGUAUUUUUUAUAGAGACAGGAUUUUGCCACAUUGCCCAGGCUGGUCUCGAACUCCUGAGCUCAAGCAAUCCUCCCACUGUGGCCUCCCAAAGUGCAGACAUGAGGGAUUACAUAUGUGAGCCAGUGGGGCUUGCUCUCUUUAAUCUGCUUUCUGAUUUAGUAGAUGAGGGACCUUAUCUACUCUGGACCUUAGUCAUUUAUUUCCAUCUUGCUGCCAUAAGUUUAAAUUAAUGAGAAUGUCACUUUUAGAUUCUAAUUUUGCCAAACUUAGUUCUUUCCCGUUCAUUCGUGUUUUCCAAAUUAAUUUGUUUGUCUAGCAUGGUUACAAAGGAAAGACAUUAAAGCUCUCUGAAUUGUGGCUCAAGGCCAGCUACUGCCCACUAAAAGGGUGAUGAAAAUGAAAAAGAGAAAAGAGGAGCCCAGCAGUUGUGCCUCCCUCAAGAAUGUAAUGCUAAUUAUUGACCAACUGUCAAGAUUCAGAGUGGUAAUGGCAUUCCAAGGAGCUGGCACGAAGGAUGAGAAUGUGUGUGCUGGCCUUAUCAUAGCCAUCUGGGCCAGAAGGAGCAAAAGGAUGGUUAGGACAGCAGUAUAGCUGAGGGAAAGUUAAAACAAUGGUGAUCUUAGGGCAUGCUGGUGCAGGGUGGGAACAUACUUCGAUUUGGUUUCUGACCGAGAAGAAGAAAGCUAUGCUGCCUAAUGAAGGCACAGCUUGAUCUAUUUGAUAAAUACCCUCAUUUUAUAACUUCAGUAAUUUAACAUUUUCUGUAUUGCAAAAUGGAAUUCAGUCCCAAAGUAUUAAAGCUAGCCAUACCAUAAUCAGGAGACUCAACAAUUAAGCCUGAAAUUAUGUUGUGGACUUUUUUCAUUUAAGAAUUAGUGUUAUUAUUAUUGAACAUGUAUGAAAUAAAAGAAAGGGUGCUUUUAUUUCAUUAAACUUAAUUUGUAUUUUAGCAGACAUUCCUUGACAUUAGAAUAGCGUUUGAGACAUUUUCAUGAUUUUUGUUAAUCUGGAAAGCAAAAUCCUAAGAGUGAGGUUGCAAAUGCAGACUGAAUCAGUGUUUCCAAUUCAGGAAAUUAAUCAAGACCAAAAAUACAUUUGCUUAGAUUUUAUCUGCAAAGUCAUUUAUUUGGCUUUCAUAAUUGAACAGCUCAGCAAAAUAAGAUGGCCCUGGUCCUGGUUGUAUGGUUUCUGGGGAACACAGGAGAAUUAAAUGUAUGUAUGUGAUUUUUAUGUUUAGUGCCCUUCGGCAGGCGAUACCUUUCUAUCUGACUUUUAAGAUAUUACAAGCUGAGGAGUGUGGAUAGCUGUGUUUUGUGAUUCAGACUGAAUCAGCUAUUACUGAUGCAGGUAUGGAACCAUCGGCAAACUUCUGGUUACUAUCACCUUCUGUAAGAAAGAAUGGCUGAUGUUCCGGAAAUACUUUGGAAGGAUUGAACAGGAAUGAACAUAGAAUGGGAUGUUCUUUUAGGACCCUAAUGCUCUAAAAGAUAUAAUUACAACCUAUUUUUCUGUAUAUGAUAGCAUAAGUAAAGUUUGGGGCUAUUAAUAUGUUGGAAAGUGCUUAAAAUUACACAUUUUUAUAAUAGGGAUGCAGGGAUUCCAAAAUAAAUGAAUAAAAAUACAUGCAUCUCUCUCGCCUCUUACUGAAAGUAUUAACCUAAUUUUAUAAUAAUUAUUACUUUUUAAUAUUAAGGCUCUGUAAAAAAAAUUAUUUCUAAGAUUUCAGUAGAACACAGGUGGUGUAUUUUUUUAAGCUUUUCAUUUCUCUUCACCAACCUCAGUCAUUAUGUUCACUAUUUGGUGUGUCACAGUUAAUGGUGGUAUUUCAAUUUUUGCAUUGAUUUAAGCUUCGUAUUUAUUUAAUGUGACUUUCAAUGGAGAAUAAUAAUGGGAGAGACUUGCUAUUAGCAUUAAGGUUAUAUGGCUCUCAAUUCACUUUAUGCGUAAUUUUUUUUUCAAAGUAAAUAAUGCAGACUGUUGACAUCCUAGAAAUGGUUUCUGAGUGGUAUUAUAUGGGGCCUAGGACUCUGAACUGGGACUAGUUGUUUAUUUUCUGGGAAGUCUGUGUUCUUAUUCUCAACUGAACCCCUGACUCUUUUGUUGUAUUUUUUAUGAUUCUGAAAUGCUUUGAGGGAAAGAUAUUUUAAUGUGUACAAUUUGUUUUAUUUUCAUACUGAUCUCUAUUUUUGUUUAAAACCAUGUUGCAUCAUGAAAUCACUUAAUCCAAAAUAAAUCUUCUUUAAGAAAAUUGA